AUGGGUUCACCACUUGAGAGUAUGCAAACUGAAUAUUUAAGACUACAGACACUUGAUGAACAGGGCCUUUUAGUUCGACCUGAAGAAAUAUCCAUUGGAUACAGGCUUAAUGAUAGAUUAUGUAACGGUAGAGUAGUAUUGGAACCAAAAGCAGUUAAAAUAAGUGUAAUUCCUCUUAGAUUAGUUUUCAAAAAAUUCUUAGAACACAGUAAUAUGUUUGAGAUAAUACUAAAUUAUAUAUCUUAUUUGAAAACAACUGAAAGUGAGUUGAUAUCUAGUUUUCUACAAUCACAAUUAUGGAAGGAGAAAUUAAGAAUGAAUCAGAACAAAAUAAUUUUACCUUUGUUUUUGUAUUUUGAUGAUUUCGAAGUGAACAACCCUUUAGGUUCUCAUGCUGGUUGUCAAAAGCUAGGUGCUGUAUAUGUUUCAUUAUCAUGUUUACCACCUGAGUUAUCUUCUUCGUUAAAAAUAUAUUUUUAG